CCGGGGAUCCUAGCUCAGAGCCCGCGAGGUGCAGCACCAGUCCGGGCGCGCUGCACUCAAGCGCUCGCCGUCCCGGCCCCGCACGGCCCAAUCGUCUCCCGCCGGCUCCAGCGCCUCUGCCAGCGCUGGCCUUUGGAGCGCGGCGGGGGAGCGAGCCACUGUCGCCGAGACAAGGCUCCCGGUUCCUUCCCCUCCCCAGAGUUGCCGGUCUGCCACGCUGCCCCUGCCGUCCCAGCGAAACUCGCCCGUCACCCGAGCCCUGGUCGCGCUAUGGAUCCUUCCGAAAAGAAGAUAUCCGUGUGGAUCUGCCAGGAAGAGAAGCUGGUGUCGGGCCUCUCCCGCCGCACCACUUGCUCCGACGUGGUGAGGGUGUUGUUGGAGGACGGCUGCCGGCGACGAAGGAAGCAGCGGCGGGGCCGGCGGCGGGGGGCGGCAGGCGACUUGCCAGGUGCAGGGGACCUGCUGGAACCCCUGGACGAAGACGACGAGGACGACGACGAGGCGCUGACUCAGGGCAUGCUGUGCGGGCCCCCGCAGUGCUAUUGCAUCGUGGAGAAGUGGCGUGGCUUUGAGCGCAUCCUGCCCAACAAGACGCGCAUCUUGCGCCUCUGGGCUGCCUGGGGCGACGAGCAAGAGAAUGUCCGCUUCGUGCUCGUGCGCAGCGAGGCGUCACUGCCCAACGCCGGCCCGCGCAGCGCUGAGGCGCGAGUUGUGCUCAGUCGAGAGCGCCCUUGCUUGACCCGGGGGGUCCAGGCCAGGCCCAAUGUGACCAUGACCCAGGAGAAGCAGCGGCGGGUGGUGCGCAAGGCUUUCCGCAAGCUCGCUAAGCUCAACCGGCGGCGCCAGCAGCCGCCGUCGUCACCCUGUUCUUCCACUUCGUCGUCCACCACCUCGUCCUGCUCGUCGUCGCCGCGGGCCACUGAGAGCGCAUCUAUGGAGCGUAUGGAGACGCUGGUGCACUUGGUGCUGUCUCAGGAUCAUACCAUCCGUCAGCAGGUGCAGCGGCUGCGGGAACUGGACCGCGAGAUCGAUCGCUAUGAGGCCAAGGUGCACUUGGACCGCAUGCGGCGACAUGGAGUCAACUACGUGCAGGACACUUACUUGGUGGGCGCGGGCCUUGAGGCCGAUGAGCCGAGUCCGGGAGAGGAGCCAGAGGCGACGGCGGCGGCGGCGGCGGCGGCUGCGCCUUUGGACGGCGAGGCUCAGGCGGCCAAGCUGGAGGAACUGGCCCGGCGCUGCGACGACCUGCUGCGGUUGCAGGAGCAGCGGGCCCAACAAGAGGAGUUGCUGGAGCGCCUUUCAGCCGAGAUUCAGGAAGAACUGAACCAGAGGUGGAUGCAGCGGCGCCAGGAGGAACUCGCGGCGAGGGAGGAGCCGGCGGAGGCAGAAGGCCACCUGGAGGGCGAGCUGCUGCUGGAGCAGGAGCAGGUCAGGACGCAACUGAGCACCAGCCUCUACAUCGGGCUCCGGCUUAACACGGAUUUGGAGGCCGUGAAGUCGGACUUGGAUUACAGCCAGCAGCAGUGGGACAGCAAGGAGCGGGAGCUGCAGGGCCUGCUCCAGACUUUGCACACGCUGGAACUCACUGUAGCGCCCGACCGGGCUCUGGGCUCUGGCGGGCCUCCUCCGGAACCCGGACUUGAGGCUUGCGCCGACGUGUGGGUGGAUCAGGCCCGUGGAUUGGCCAAAAGCUGUCCAGGGAACGACGAGGACUCGGACACCGGGCUGAGUUCUAUGCACAGCCAGGACUCGGACUCAGUGCCCGUGUGCGAAUCACUGGUGUAGGAGGAGCAGGGAGGGAGAGGGAACCCAACGCUUUUCCCUUCCUUGUGGUAAACAAGGGCCUGGGCGUCUCAGGUACUGGAAACCGGGCUGAGGGUCAGCCCGGGACUGCUUGGGACAGCAGCUCUCUGUCUGGGUCUUGGGAGAGUUCAGGACACCUGCCCCUCAGCGGUGCUCCUCUGGCUCGGGAUGAGCGGGUUGAGCGUGCCUGAGAGUGCGGGAUUUAGAAGGCUGGUCUCCAAUCCGAGCCUUUUUAGGGGAAGAAAGGAGGGAGGAGGUGAGACUACCCCUCUCCUCCCCAUCCCCGCUCCUCACCCAGUGGAAAACAAAUGCUCCAGGGAAGUUGACGUGGUCCGAGCCCAUUUUCAAAGACAGAAAUGAAAGUAUUAUGGAGAUUUCACCACUUUUUUUGUUUGGGAAGGACUGAUGGCAGCUAGAACUUUAGUUUGUAGCAUAAAUUGCUUUUAAAAGAAACACUUGGAUGAAAAGGAAAUUCCUUGAAUGUUAAUUGUGACUGUGAACAUGUUAAAACUAGCCAAAGAGGACGCACUCAUGUUAGUUUCAGCCUUACUUACACCAUUGAUAAAACCCAUAGGCACCAAAAAUCAGGCUGUUUACAUUUCUGCAGAUUCGGGAAUUACCCAUCUGUUAAACUGACUUUUAUUUUUUUUCAACAGCCGAAUUGGUAUGGCUAACCUUGCAUAUCCUACCAAAUACUGUGUAUGCUAAAAUGGGACCCCCCCUCCCCCAAAUAAUCAUUUAUUAUUACAAAAGCCAAACAUAAUACUUUUGAGAUAGAGAAUCCUGGCAGACAUAAUCACUGGUUAACAUUUAAUCUGAGCUCUUUGGGAUUUGACCCUGCAAAGGUAUGUGUGCUGUCCUUUCAUUCAUAUUGCCAUUUCAUCCACUUUCAUCAGAAGUAAGUAAAGGGGAAGUUUCAGAACUCAAGUACAACUAAAUUUGCUGUUUAAUGAGCCCUCUGUUUGAAACUAAGACUUGAAAACAAGAUCUUUGCUCGUCUUGAGCUUUUGAACUGAACUAUAUGAUUAAAACUAACCAUGACCUCAACAGACUUUACCCACACCUAAGUCUAACUCCAUUUUUUUUGUUUAGAGAAUAAUUACUUGUCCAAGCCUCCACUGAGAGAGUGUAAAUAUCAUAGUUCAUUAGAUAAGGCCCCCAAAGAAAAACUACAACCAAAUUAUCUAAUAGUAUACCCUGAGUGAACAAUUUGAUUAAGAACAGCACGUAGCCAUUGAUAAAACGUAUGAAAGUGAGCUAAGGACUUGACUUGAAUCACUCUAGUCUGGCUUUCACCUUUGCAUAUGCCAGGAAAUACUAGCGUGUUCACAGCUCUCUCUCUCCCUGCAAGUGACAGCCCUGGUGGGGACUCAUUGUAAUUGUUCCAGCUAUUUCAAUUAAAACUUAUCAGUUGUAGCUAGUUGCUACCUUUGUGGAAGGAGUCUGCUGGCGGUGUUCCCUCUGGAGUUCAAUACUUCUGAGAAUUUAAUCUGUCCUGAGGUGUUAACAACGGGGUGUGUGAGUGGUGUAGCAGCCUGGUAUCAGCCUAACUAGAGGGGCUGGCUCCAGCUUUAACACUACAUGUGAAGAUAAGAGGUCAUACUUUAUAGAGCUGUUUCUUCCCUUGGAGAGAUUCGGUCCUCCUCUUGCCAUUGGGGUCCUGCCCAUUUAACCCCCUCAAGCCCUGUAGGUUGUCUCCUCAGACCUAGU